GCUGAACGAGUUGGGUGAGUUCGAGUGUCGCUGCUCCCGACGGCUCUGGCCAAUGGAACCCGAUCCACCCCGCUGUGCGUAAGCGCUCAAUUAAGGAUUUAACCAAGGCUAGGCUGCGCCCCGCCAGCAGUCUGCCGGAGCCCGAGACUCGGAGUCUCCCAGCCUCCUCGCCGCCGCCGCCGUCCCCGCCUCUUUUCUUCUUCUUCUUCUUCUUCUUCAUCUUCCUCCUCCUCUCGUCCUCCUCCUCCUCCUCCUCCUCCUCUUCCUCCCCCUCCUGCACUCCUCUCUCCUUCUCCUCCUCCUCCUCCUCCUCCUCCUCUCCUCCUCCUCCUCCUCCUCCUCUUCCUCCCCCUCCUGCACUCCUCUCUCCUUCUCCUCUGCCUCCUCCUCCUCCUCCUCCUCCUCCUCCAGUGCCCCCGCCCCCUCUUCUGUCUCCUCCUCUCCCACAGCCAUGUCUGCUUAGACCGAAGCAGCCCCAAGAGCGAACUCGCGCCUCCGCCAGUGCCGCCUCUGCCGCCGCCGCCGCCUCCUCCUCCUCCUCCGCCUCCUCCUCGCCCCGAGCCGCCUCCGCCUGGAAGCCCGAGCUAUGACCGGCGUGUUUGACCGGCGGGGCCCCAGCAUCCGCGCCGCCGAGUUCCCGGCCCCUUUCCAGACGGCCGCCGGGAUGCACCACCCGUCCCAGGAGUCGCCCACUCUACCCGAGUCCUCGGCCACCGACGCCGACUACUACAGCCCGGCGGGGGGAGCCCCGCACGGCUACUGCUCGCCCCCGGCCUCCUCCUACGGCAAGGCGUUACACCCUUAUCAGUACCCCUACCCGGGCGUGAGCGGGCCGGCCACCGGGCCGCCGCCGGGCACCUACCCAGCCAAAGCGUACGCGGACUACGGCUACGCCAGCUCCUACCACCCCCAGUACAGCGGGGCUUACGGCCGGGCGCAGAGCUCCUCGGGCCAGCCAGACAAAGACGCCGCCGAGCCCGAGGUGAGAAUGGUGAAUGGCAAACCCAAGAAGGUCCGCAAACCCCGCACGAUUUACUCCAGUUUUCAGCUGGCUGCGCUGCAGAGACGCUUCCAGAAGACCCAGUACCUCGCCUUGCCCGAACGCGCCGAGCUGGCGGCCUCCUUGGGCCUCACCCAGACACAGGUUAAGAUCUGGUUUCAGAACAAAAGGUCCAAGAUCAAGAAGAUCAUGAAGAACGGGGAGAUGCCCCCGGAGCACAGCCCCAGCUCCAGCGACCCCAUGGCCUGUAACUCUCCGCAGUCCCCGGCCGUGUGGGAGCCUCCGGGCAGCGGGCCAGCAGCCCGCUCCCUGGGCCACCACCCCCACGGCCACCCUCCGGCUUCCAAUCCGUCCCCCGCCUCGAGCUACCUGGAGAACUCGGCGGCGUCCUGGUAUCCCGCGGCCGGGUCCCUCAGUUCCCACCUCCAGCACCCGCUGGCGCUCACCUCCGGGACGCUCUACUAGAGGGAGGCCCGCCGCGCUGUGCUGGCUGGCUGGAGUUGGGCUGGCAGGGCUGGCGGGCGGCGGAGCCCGCUGCGUGUGUACAGGCGUGCAUGUAAGUUAUUGCAUCUCCAAGGCCCUUUCUAACGGACUGGACGCUGCUGGUGCCUUGAAUCUCUGACCUCAACUUUUCAAAGGACUCUUUUCCACGUUCUCUCCCCGUGUACAUAGCUGUAGAUAGGCCAAUUCAACUGUAUAUUCGGGACAAAUAAAAUUAUUUCCACCCA